GGCAAUUUGCUCAAUCUCUCUGAACCUCAGUUUCCUCAUUUGCAUUUUGAGAGUGAUAACAGUUCCUACCUCUUAGCACAGUUGUGAGAUUUAAAUUAGAUAAUAACAUUAAUACUUCCAUUCCAGAUUCUUGAGUACAUCCUUGAGGGUCACAGCAUGAAAUUGUUUCUUGCCUUUCCUUCUGUGAGCACUCCUCCAACCUCUAUACUAACUCACACAUACAUAUGCAAAAUGACUGCAUGAGUCUUUAAGACAUAUCACAGAUGAUAAGCCAAGUAGGGAAAUAAACUAGAAGGAGCCAGAAAGCAAAUGUAGUUUUUGGAGUAACAGCAGCUCAUAACGCUGACACUAUUUAUCUAUAAAUUCAUCACUUACAGUUAUAUUCUUUUAUCAUAUCUUUAUUUUGUAGAUCAGAUCUUAACUAUAUGGGAAGCCAGUCUACGUUUAAGGAGAAUAUAAAACUAGUUCUUUUUUUAUAAAUUUAAUUAAAACAAACACAAUUUAAAAAUCACAACAAAGACUCUUACUCCAUCUGAGGAACAACUAUGCUACCUUAUUAUUUUUUCCAUUGGAAGUUUUUAAUACAGUAACUAUUAAUACCAUAUAGACAGAAGGCAUGUUUGUAUGAUUUGGAUAGAAGGGUGCAAAUGAACACUAGGUACCUUGUCCUUCCAUUUGAAUUCCCAGAACUUCCAUUUAGUAGAGGUUAAGUUGCCAUAAACUAUUCUCUCUAGACCUUGCUUCUUCUACCUAUAUUAUGAAGAGGCAGAACAUUUCCAAAUUGUUCUUCCAAAUCUGCAAUUCUACAGGAUAGUUAAAGAAAAGUAAUGAAUCAGUAUACUCUUGCCAUUCUUUGGGUAAUCUGCAUAAUUCCAUAGUCAGACCCUGAGCAACUGUAAAGAUUACUUUCCCUAUGUCCAAAUAUAAUAUGUAACAAAACCACACUAAAUCAUAAAAUAUAAUUAAGGAAUUCCAAAAAUUUUUCAUCCUAUAAUGAUUACUGGGGUGAAUAGAAAGUAUUAAAUAUUUAAUUGUUUUCAAAAAAUGUUUUUUUUUUUUUGCCUCUAUUUUGCUGGUGUCUUAGGCAAUGUUCCUUGUAACAUUUAGAUAAUCCUCCAUGCCAAUGUUGCCACAUCAGUAUACGAUUCCUCUAAGAUAUAGAAUUGAUCUCUCCUUUCAAGAUUACAUGAAGGGAAAUACCCUAGUUCAUUUAAAUUAUUAUAUUAUUUAAGUUUUUAAUGUAAAUUAAAAUAGGACCAAGACAAGGGAGAGAGACAAACUGCAGGAGAACCUCAGCAUGACAAGCUAUCAUGAAAGAAUAAUAAGGAAGAAACAUUCUCAGGCCCUGAAAAUUAGCCAAGGCACUGGCAAUACAGGCUUGAGAAGCAGGGGCCAUUUUAUAAGUACUGGGGUGCCAAUGUAGGAGGCCAGCACCCAACGGUUAAGGUGGAAGUCAAAGAAGAGGCAAGAAGACCUAAAAGGGAUCAUAAAUUCAUGGCUUACCUUGAUGAAUAUACUGAAACAUUCAAGAUGAGUAGCAACAGUACCAGCAUUGACUGCAGGGUCCCUAAUGUGACAUUUCAGUACUCCCUCUAUGCAACCACUUACAUUCUCAUUUUCAUCCCUGGUCUUCUGACCAACAGCGCAGCCUUGUGGGUUCUGUGUCGCUUCAUCAGCAAGAAGAAUAAAGCCAUCAUUUUCAUGAUCAACCUGUCUGUGGCUGACCUUGCUCAUGUGCUGUCCUUACCCCUCCGGAUUUACUAUUACAUCAGCCAUCACUGGCCUUUCCAUAGGGCCGUUUGUCUACUGUGCUUCUACUUGAAGUAUCUCAACAUGUAUGCCAGCAUUUGCUUCCUAACAUGCAUCAGCCUUCAAAGGUGUUUCUUUCUCCUGAAGCCCUUCAGAGCCAGAGACUGGAAGCGUAGAUACGAUGUGGUCAUCAGUGCUGCCAUCUGGAUCAUUGUGGGGACUGCCUGUUUGCCAUUUCCCAUCCUGAGAAGCACAGACUUAGCAAACAAUACCAAAUCCUGCUUUGCUGAUCUCGGUUACAAGCAAAUGAAUGCAGUAGCUUUAGUUGGGAUGAUUACAGUUGCUGAGCUUGCAGGAUUUGUGAUCCCAGUGAUCGUCAUUGCAUGGUGUACCUGGAAAACCACUAUGUCCCUGAGACAGCCACCAAUGGCUUUCCAAGGAAUCAAUGAGAGGCAGAAAGCACUGCGAAUGCUUUUCAUGUGUUCUGCAGUCUUCUUCAUUUGCUUCAGUCCCUAUCAUAUUAACUUUAUUUUUUACACCAUGGUAAAGGAAACCAUCAUUAGCAGUUGUCCUAUUGUCCAAAGCACACUGUAUUUCCACCCUUUUUGUCUGUGUCUUGCAAGUCUCUGCUGCCUUUUGGAUCCAAUUCUAUAUUACUUCAUGGCCUCAGAGUUUCGUGACCAAAUAUCUCGUCAUGGCAGCUCAGUGACCCGUUCUCGCCUCAUGAGCAGGGAGAGUGGGUCAUCAAUUAUUAGCUAAAAUAAAUAACUCUUCAAUUGUGACUUUGUUUACCUAUUACUUGGAUCUUUCCAGAGGCCAUAAUUACUGACCAAUUUUUUUUAAUUGAACUUUGGAAACAGUAGUAAUAUAUGUUGUCUUUUGUGACAGUUGUGGUCAUAAGGGUAGGAUGGUGAAGACUGAGCGUGAGGAAGGCAAGAUGGCAUUUGUCUGUUUCCUCUGUGAAACUCAAGGCACAUUCUUAUCCAAGAGACUAAGAUGAAGUUUCUGCAAAUGCUUACAACCAAACAGAAAUUGGAUACUUUAUCUUAAAAAUUAUUUACUAAAUAGGAUGGUGUUAAUAAAAUACAAUACAUGCAUGAGUCCUUUCUAACAAGUAAAAAUAAAUCCCUUUCAUAUGAAGACCUUCAUGUCAGAAUAGGGUAAAAGUCUCCAAUCUUUCUAACAAAUAAAUGUGGAAGAAAGGGGGCAUGAAGAAUUGAGGAAAUAUGUGCAUAAAUUUCAGAACUACAAACCGUAGACAAAAUAAAGUUAAUGGGAACUCAUUAAUUUACUGAAAAUGUUUUAGGUACCUAUUAUAUUCUAGGUUGUAAUUUUGCUAGAUACUUUCAAAAUCACAUCUCAUUUGGUCUUUCCUAUAAGUUAGUAAAAGUUUCUAAACUUGGGAGAGGGUAAGCAACUUGCCUUGGGAUAAACAGUAGUAAGGCAAAAUUUGUCUGCUAUACAACACAUAUGCUUAUUUCCUUGUUUGUAUUGUUACAUUUACUAGGUCUAUACUUGCCUUCAAUGAUGAAGACACAGACUAAAGUUAAGCCACAUGAGACCAAGGCCAUUUCAACAUGAUUAGCCUAUAAUUAUCUAAAGAAUCUGUGGGUUGUGAUAUUGACAUGUAAGGCUUCAGGCUGAAAUGUCUCAAAUGUAAAUAGAUGUAUUGCCCUAAUAUUGUUUUAAUCUACUUAUUCUUAAUGAUAAGAGGUAUUGGAAACUCAGAUAGCUCACUAUUUCUCAUGAAAUAUAUUUUAAGGGUGAGUACAGGCAUAUAAACCCCAUAAAUAGAUGAAAGAAAGGAACCUGUAAAAUUGAGUGGUGAACAUUCUGUAAAAUGUAGAAGUUCUUUAGGACUUUACCUAAACUUUUUUUUUUUUUUUGUCCUCAAACAUAGCUCACAUCAUUCUGAUCAAAUUUGAGUUUAAGAGACUUUUCAUAAGAUUUUCUGUGAGCAUAAUUCAUGAAUUGUAUUAGAAAGAGAAAAUAUUAUCACAUCAUGGACAAAUGAGAGAAAAGUGUGUGGUCUCCUUCUGACAAUCUCCUUAUCUUAAUUUCCCCAAAUGUUAUGGGUUUUAUUUCAGAAAUAUUAGUAAUAAUUUGAACUCAAAUAAUCCCUCAGCUUCUCGUGCUGUAUUUAUGAAGUUUAACUUAUCAAUUUUGUGUUUUAUGUUUUCAGUUUAAAUAACAUACACAUUUGGUGUGCAUGAAGGUGAGGGAAGUGGUAGUCCUCAGAAUAUCUAUUUGAACAGUCUGGAAAAGGAAGAAGGGACAAUAAAAAAGUAGGAAUCUUGAAAAGGAGUACGAUUUCUAGACAGGGAGAUAAUUUUGUAAUUAUAAAUAAUUAACCACUUUUUUUGAAUAGAAAAUCAGUUUUUAUUUUUAAUUUGAGUAUUCUUUUUUCCAAGUAAAUUGUAAAUGUUUCACUUUGAAUGUACAAAAUUGAUAAAGCAGGAAACAUUUAGUUUCACAGAAGCUGAAUUUCAUAUUGGGUAGUAAGGAGAAAGAAGGAGAAGAGAAAUAUUUCAGGAGCUGUUAGCAUAUACUAGCAGAUUUUCUGAUUUUCUGUAGUUGGAGUUGGAUUUCUGUGAGGAAAAAAAUAGCAUUUGGGGUGGCGCCUGUGGCUCAAGGAGUAGAGCGCCGGUCCCAUAUGCCGGAGGUGGCAGGUUCAAACCUAGCCCCAGCCAAAAAAACCCACACACACACACACACAAAAAAAUAGCAUUUGAACUAAUCCUUGCAAUCGUGGCAAGGAGUUUGCAAAUUGACAUUAAAUGUAGAGGUAGAGUAAGCAUUCUUUGUUGCCAGGGUGGAAAAAGAGAGAGAGAAAAAAAUGGACUGGUAACUAGUACUGAAUACUCUACUUUAGCUAAAAAUAUAGUGGAUAACAAUAAUUAAUAUGGAUGAAAUAGUUAUUAGAGUCCUAGAAUAUGGAGAGCCUUGAAUAUCAGGUGUAGAAUCUUGGACUUUUAUAUGCUGGGGUGAGGAGGCAAAGUGGAUCAUAAAAACUGUGAAGAUUAAAAAGCUUACAUACAUAUAACAGGUCUUGAGUACUAGCGAUUUGAUGUAAGGAAUAUAAGCAAAGGCCUAGUGCCAAGUAUAUAUCAUUGUUUAUACUGAGAUUUGUGUUAUCUCUAUAAUUUCACAAACAACAUAAAUACUCAGAAAUAUACAAAAAAAUCCAUCAUCUGUUGAGUCUAAUUAUGUGAGGGGUUUUAUGUGGAUUGCCAUAUUUAUUAAUAUUUCUCACAACAAUCCCAGGAGGUAAGUACCAUAAUUAUUCUUAAUUUACAGAUGAAAUAAAGAAAGAAAACUAAAGAGAAGUUGAGUAACUUGCUCAAGAAUCUACAGCUAAUAAAUUAUAGAACCAGGAAUUUUAACCCUGGAAGUCUGAGUCCAGAGCUAAUGUGAUUAGGACCCUACAUAUUUUAUAGUAUUAGAAUGAAUUUCAUGGUAAAUAUUCACAUUUUAAAGAGAGUUUCCCUUUUAUCCCAAAGAGCCAUACAAUAGAAUGCUGUGGUACUUGCAUUGAAGUUUUUUUCUAACUUUUCAAAAUUCUUGAAUUUCUUUUCAGAUACAUAAGCUAUAAUUUGGUAAUGUAUAAUUAAAGUUUUUUUAGGUUUGAGUUGAACUUUUUGUUUCAAAUUAAUAGCUUUGCAGAAGUUUCAUAGCUUGAUCAAGCCUCAUCUACUUACUUUGGUCUUGCUGCAGUUGCCAGGGGUGUCUUCUUAAUAUUUUUCCAGUUUAAUUUUGUCUAGCAUUUUCCCCACACUCUCUUCUAGAAUUUUUAUUCUUUCAUAUCUUAAGUUUAAAUUUUUAAUCCAGCGAGACUCAAUUGUAGUCAAUGGUGAGAGGUAUGGGUAUAGUUUCAAGCCUUCUAUUUAUGGCUAACCAAUUCUCAUAGCAUCAUUUAUUACAUAGGAAUUCUUUUCUCCAUUGCAUGUUAUUGUUUUGUUUGUUUGUUUAUCAAAGAUCAUAUGACAAUAUGUGGCUGGCUUCACCUCUACAUUCUCUAUUCAAUUCCAUUGAUUUACAUCUCUAUUUUUUGUUCCAGUACCAUGCUGUUUUGAUCACUAUAUUCUUGUAGUAUAAUCUAAAGUCUGGUCACAUGAUGACUCUAGAUUUCUUUUUUAUUUCUAAAAAUUGUAUUGGCUAUUCAGAGUUUUAUCUAGUUCCAUAUGAAAUGAGGUGCUAUAUUUUUCUAAUUCUUCAGAGUAUGGAAUUUGAGCUUUGAUGGGACAUGCAUUAAAUAGGCAGAAUUCUUUGGGUAGUAUGAACAUUUUAUUCAUGUUGAUUCUUCCCAGCCUUGAGCACAGUUAUUCUUUCAUUGGUUAACAUCUUCUCCUAUUUAUUCUUUCAGAUGUUCAUAGUUUUUGAUUGAGAUCAUCCACAUCC